GACUUCACUUCGUUCAGAGAUACGGUCGAGGUAAUAUCGUGUUGUGUCUCUUAGUAUGAUAUUAAAUCGAGCUUCGUAUCAUUACGAUUACUUGUUGAAUAAUUAAUCAAAAAUCAAAGAACAAAGUCAGCAUAAAGUGAGCGUGGAAGAAAGAAGUAACGAGCAUGGCGCGGCAGUCUCCUAAAUACGAAUUUCUACCUGAGAAGAUGACAAGAAAGAUGUUAACAAUGUUUGAUGGUGAGAGAACUGGUUGGGUGCAAGUAAGCUCGCAGAAAUGGUUUUUCCCGUAUAGAUAUGUCGAACAGGGUGCCGAAUUCUACAAUUUUAAGAUCAGGCCAGAUGACACUUGGGUAUUGUCCUAUCCGAGAUCAGGCACUACAUGGACGCAAGAGCUGGUCUGGCUAUUAUCGAAUAACUUGGAUUUUGAGACAUCAAUGAAGACAUUUCUUUCUGAGAGAUUUCCUUUUCUCGAAUUCAGCUUGUUCAAUCAUCCUGAACUAACACGGGAGUUUCUGGAAAUGAAUAAAGGCAAUGCAGAGAAAGAGCAACUUUGCCGACAGAUAGCUAAGCCCGGCUACGAGGUCGUCGCGUCAAUGCCGUCGCCCAGAUUCAUCAAGAGUCAUUUUCCAUUCAGUUUGCUACCAGGAAUUCUGAAUGUCGGUUGCAAGAUCGUCUACGUAGCUCGCAAUCCGAAGGACGUUGCAGUCUCGUGGUAUCAUCUGAACAUGGAAAUAAAGACACAAGGAUAUCUCGGCGAUUUUGCUACCUUCUGGGAUUACUUCGAAAAUGACCUCACUCCUUGGAGCCCAUACUGGACACACUUGAAAGAAGCCUGGGCUUUAAAAGAUCACCCAAAUCUUUUAUUUAUCUUUUAUGAAGAUAUGCAACUUGAUUUUCUGAAAGUAAUUAAGAAGGUUGCGAAAUUUUUGGGGAAAACAUAUACUGAUGAAGAGUUAAAUAAAGUGGCGGACUAUCUGAAUAUCAAGAACUUUCGUAAUAAUCCGAUGGUCAAUGGCAGCGAGUUGAAGGACUGUGGCAUUAUAAAAUCAGGGAACUUUAUCAGGAAAGGUUCCAGUGGUGGAUGGAGAGACUUCUUUACUCCGGAAAUCACUGCAAGAGCAGAUAAGUGGAUCGAGGCGAAUUUGAAGAAUACAGAUUUACAUUUUCCCUGUUUCGACAAUUGAAUCGAGGCAAGAUCGAGCAGUUCUCUGAUAUCUCGAGAAAAGUAAUGUCAGAAAGAUCUCGAUGAAAGAUUUCAAUUUUGAAUGAAGACACCAAUCAUUGUUUAUCUUUGAUCGAAAGAAAAAAAACGCGCACAUGAAAUAUCCCUUUAAUCGCCAAAACAAUAAUUAUGUUAUAAUAUUAUAAAAGAGAGAAGGCAAGAGUAAUAUAUUAGAUUGAUUCAAAGUUUUUUCUCAUAGAAUACAUAUAUCAUCUGAAGGCACAUUUAUAAUUGAAAAAUACUUCUUUCAUAUAAACACUCGUUCAGUAUUUAUGAGAAGACUUUUGAAUUAAUCUAAUGUUGAUAAGGAUAAUAAGCGUUUGACAGGUGACGUCAUUGAAUCAUGCGUGCACAUAAUUUCAUUGUUUUAUUAUAAAGAAAUUCUUAUAUCUUUAUUCAGUUUUAUUACACUAUAUAUUCGGAAAUUCUGCAGGUCAUUAUUUUAUUUAUAUGCAAUUGUACUCAAACAAUUGCAUGAUUUUACAAAAACGUAUGACAGAGCAACGUAUUGAAUUCUAUAUCAACUUGUCUGAGAACUUCUUCUGAAUAGUAUAUUGUAUGGCGGAUUCGAUUGGGGGGAAGCACAAGUCCGCGCCAGUGCACACUAAGGUCAAUUCAUAGUUCGUUCUUAUAUUUUAGCUGUAUUUCUAUCUACAGCACCACAAGGUCCUAAAGAGAACCUUGGCCUCAGAACGAAGCUGCCUGCACUUAACCCUCUCUCUGACCCUAGAUUUCCGCAUACCCAGUUUGUCUAGAUCGUUCCUUUCCACCAUCCGUGUCUCAACUUGCCCUUCGGUCUUUUAUUGUUAGCAAUGUUAGUUUUAAAAGCUUUCUUGCCUUUAAAGGGUUGUUCCAUUCUACAUAUGUAUCCCAAUCAUCUCAGUCUGCUUAGUCUAAUAUGCGAGACUAUAUCUACAUCUUAGCUAUAUUUAUAAAAUUUUAUAAUUUUAUAUUUAAAAUCGUCUGUUUAUAUACACGGGCUUCGAAAUAAUUCUCUGCGACGUGACAAUUAUUAGUAAACAUGCCGUUUUUACGAGGCAUAUACCCCUUGCUUUCUUUUUUGCUCUACCCAAUCAGCGCGCGACAUAAGCAACGUGACUUGUAUUAAUUUCAUCGGUACCAAAUUUUCUGUCACUUUAAAAAAUUAACCACACAGAACAUUAUAUCGUCUUAUAUCAUCUUCAAAUGCUAUAUACAAAUCGUUGCACUGGUUACGGAAUAUUCAGAGGCAAAUUUAAGAUGAUCUUAAGUAUACAAACUAGAGACUAUAAAACAGCCUUAGUGUACACUGGUGCAUACUAGUGUUUCCAAUCGAAUUUACCAAUAAUAAUAUCCGAGAAUUCAUCUCAGAAUCAUAUUUUUAAAAUAUUUGAGUUCUCGACAAAUACUGUCAAUGAACAAAUUUAAGAAAUUAAAUGAAGAUUAAAUAAGACAAGUUCAUUAGAUAUAUUUGCACAUAGUAAUUUAAUUCAAUAUUAAAUAAUAAAAUCCGUACGUUUUCCUAUGAAUUUACGACAGUCCGUACAAUUUCAGUGUUCUGUCCAUACUAGUAGAAGCAAUAUACUGUGCGUGUUUACCAAAACGAACGCCAGUGGCCGCUGCUGUAUGAUCAUUUAGCACUUUCAAUUCCUGCCAUUGCUUGCAGAGGUAUACUCUGGAAGUAACAAUGUUCUCAGUACAAACUAAUUCAAACUUUUGUGUAGUUGAAUAUUUAUAGAUUAUUACAAAUUUAAUAUAUUAUUAAAUAUAAUAUUAAAAUACAAUAUUAAAAGCAAUUAUUUGAGCAGCUUAUCACUAAGACAAAGAAACAAAGGUUUUAUAAUAUUAAGAUAUUUUGUUUAGAAAUGGAAUUAUUAACAAUAAAGUUACCAGAAAAUAA